GCGACCUCUCGUAAUUAAUACUAUAAAUAACCAUUUACAAAAUAAUAAACAAAUUGUUGCACACCCUAGUUUUAAACCUCCUCCCCGAGGCUCUAGUCUUGCAUCUUUUCAACAAUCAAAUCAAAUAAGUAACUUUAAUGGUAAUGAUGCAUCGAAAAAUGGAUCUAAUAUAAGACAAAGUAGACUAAGUUCUCUUGGAGAUAUAAACGAACAUGAAGAAGGUACAAAUCUGAAAAUUCCUGAUUUUCCUGUGCCACCCGAAAAAUCAAUUGUACCUAAACCUUCCCUUGAAAAAUCAAUUGUACCUAAACCUUCCCUUGGAGAACCAAUAAUACCUAAACAUGAAUCUCAAGAUCCUUCAGAAUUAAUCAAAAAACCAGGAAAAUCACAUAAACAUUAUAAUGCUGCACAAAAAGCUCUUGAAUUAUUUAAGUUCUUGGCUAAUGACUGGGAUAGUUGGAAUUUUUAUGCAGAAUCUAAAGGCGUUAAGAUUUAUCAAAA